CUGCAAUCUGCAAAUGACCAUCGCGGACGCUGCCAUGGAAGGUCUCUUUUACAGUGGCACCUUCUGCACGGCGAAGGACUGACAAGGCAUCGUCGAGCAUACUUUGACAUCGUCAACGUGCUUGAAACCUACCAGACUCGUGCACGAACACAUGGACAUCUUUUCCAGCCCGAUCCUCCAACGCCUUUGGUAACCUUUUUGCCAGAUGGAACGGCUGUUGGUGGUGUUCAUGAAGCGCCUGCUGAGAAGACGGAUUUUAUGAUGAAACGCGAUGAGCAUUAUGCCAAUAUGUUCCAAUACGCAAUGCAAAUGAAUAAAGAGUUGGAUAUGAUGAUGGGAAAGGUUAGCUCUCUGAUUCUACAGUACUGUAAUAGACCGAUGGGACCGGUUCAGCACAGGUCCGUUGAAAAUUGGGGGUAA